UCAGGCUGCGCAUGCGCUCUUCUACAACACGUGUAACAAAGUUUUCCCGUGUUUCGUGCAGAACGGAACCGGUCUGACGCGUCUUCUCUCGGGCUGCGGCGGGUCACGUCAGGACUUCUUUAGACACGAUGCCGCCGACGAUUCAUCAGAGUUCCGGAAGAGCGGCGUCUCUCCGGGACGAGCUGGAGUCUCUCCUGAAGCAGAGGAUUCUGGUUCUGGACGGUGGAAUGGGGACCAUGAUCCAGCAGAGGAACCUGGAGGAGGAGGACUUCAGAGGUCAAGAGUUCAAGGAUCAUCCCAAGAGUCUGAAGGGCAAUAAUGACCUCCUGAGCAUCAGUCAGCCGCAGGUCGUCUACAGCAUCCACAGGGAGUAUCUGGAGGCCGGGGCAGACAUCAUUGAGACGAACACCUUCAGCAGCACCAGCGUCGCUCAGGCUGAUUAUGGGAUGGAGGAUCUGGCAUAUCGGCUCAAUAAAGCUUCUGCUGAACUGGCCAGGAGAGCAGCUGAUGAUGUCUCUGCAGAGACAGGCUGUAAGCGGUUCGUAGCAGGAGCUGUGGGUCCCACCAAUAAAACGCUGUCUGUGUCUCCGUCGGUGGAGAGGCCAGACUACAGGAACAUCACGUUCGAUGAGCUGGUGGAGGCGUAUGCGGAGCAGGUGAAGGGUCUUCUGGACGGAGGUGCUGAUGUUCUUCUGGUGGAAACCAUCUUUGAUACGGCCAACGCAAAGGCGGCGUUGUUUGCUAUCGACAGACUGUUUGAAGAGUGUUAUGAGCCUCGGCCCGUGUUUAUCUCGGGCACUAUCGUGGAUAAGAGCGGUCGUACUCUCUCCGGUCAGACGGGUGAAGCGUUCGUCAUCAGUGUGUCUCACGCUCAGCCGCUCUGUAUCGGUCUGAACUGUGCUCUGGGAGCCACUGAGAUGCGUCCGUUCAUUGAAGCGAUUGGAAAGAGCACCGGAGCCUUCGUCCUCUGUUACCCAAACGCAGGGCUUCCCAACACGUUCGGAGGUUAUGACGAGACCCCUGGCGUCACGGCGGCUCAUAUGAAGGAGUUUGCAGUGGACGGUUUGGUGAAUGUUGUCGGAGGCUGCUGCGGAACGACGCCCGAUCACAUCCGGGCGAUUGCUGAAAGCGUGCGUCACGUCAAGCCCAGAGUUCCUCCUACAGACGUUUACUCUGAUUAUAUGCUGCUGUCAGGUCUGGAGCCAUUCAGGAUCGGCCCGUACACAAACUUUGUGAACAUCGGCGAGCGCUGCAAUGUCGCUGGAUCACGCAAGUUUGCCAAACUCAUCAUGGCUGAAAAAUAUGAGGAGGCACUGAGCAUCGCUAAAGCUCAGGUGGAGAUGGGCGCUCAGGUCCUGGACAUCAACAUGGACGAGGGGAUGCUGGACGGAGCCGCUGCUAUGAGCCGCUUCUGUAAGCUCAUCGCAUCUGAACCCGACAUCGCGAAGGUGCCGUUGUGCAUCGACUCGUCAAACUUCGCAGUAAUCGAGGCGGGUCUGAAGUGCUGUCAGGGCAAAUGCAUCGUGAACAGCAUCAGCCUCAAAGAAGGUGAGGAGGACUUCCUGCGACGGGCGAGACAGGUGCGUCGCUACGGCGCUGGGGUCGUCGUCAUGGCGUUUGAUGAGAACGGACAGGCGACGGAGACGGAUGAGAAGGUGAAGAUCUGCUCUCGAGCGUAUCAUCUUCUGGUCGGUCAGGUGGGAUUCAACCCCAACGACAUCAUCUUUGACCCAAACAUCCUGACCAUCGGCACCGGCAUGGACGAGCACAGCAUGUACGCCAUCAACUUCAUCAGAGCCACGCACAUCAUCAAGGAGAGUCUGCCCGGGGCGAGGGUCAGCGGGGGUCUCUCUAACCUCUCGUUCUCGUUCAGAGGGAUGGAGGUCAUCAGAGAGGCCAUGCACGGAGUCUUCCUCUAUCACGCCAUCAAGGAUGGCAUGGACAUGGGAAUCGUGAACGCUGGUAAUCUUCCGGUGUAUGACGACAUUGAUAAAGAGCUUCUGCUGCUGUGUGAGAACCUCAUCUGGAACCGGGACCCAGACGCCACCGAGAAGCUGCUGCUGUACGCUCAGGGUAUAGAGAAGCAUGUGUUGGAGGACACCGAGGAGGCUCGAGCUCAGACCGAGCGCUAUCCUCGACCGCUUCACGUCAUCGAGGGGCCGCUCAUGAACGGCAUGAAGACCGUCGGGGACCUGUUCGGGGCCGGCAAGAUGUUCCUACCACAGGUGAUCAAAUCGGCCCGUGUGAUGAAGAAAGCUGUGGGUCAUCUGAUUCCCUUCAUGGAGAAGGAGCGAGAGCAGAUGAUGUCUGACUCUACUGAAGACGUGGAUCCGUAUCAGGGCACGGUUCUGCUGGCGACGGUGAAGGGAGACGUGCAUGAUAUCGGCAAAAACAUUGUGGGUGUUGUGCUGGGAUGCAACAACUUCCGGGUCAUUGAUCUAGGAGUGAUGAUUCCCUGUGACAGGAUCCUGCGGGAGGCCGUUCACAACAAAGCAGACAUCAUCGGUCUGUCGGGUCUCAUCACGCCGUCGCUGGACGAAAUGAUUCACGUAGCCAAAGAAAUGGAGCGCCUGGGCUUGAAGACUCCUCUGCUGAUCGGAGGAGCCACCACCUCGAAGACUCACACCGCGGUGAAAAUCGCUCCGAGGUACAGCUCUCCCGUGGUUCACGUCCUCGACGCGUCCCGUAGUGUUGUAGUGUGCUCUCAGCUGCUGGAUGAAGGAGUCCGUGAGGAUUUCUUCGAGGAGAUCCAGGAGGAGUAUGAAGACAUCCGUCAGGAUCACUACGACUCUCUGAAGGACAGACGCUUCUUGUCUCUGAGUCGAGCUCGAGAGAAGGGUCUUCACAUCGACUGGCUCUCUCAACCCAGACCAGUCCGUCCUCAGUUCUUGGGCACUCGUGUGUUCGACUCGUAUGACCUGCGGAAGCUGCUGGACUUCAUCGACUGGAAGCCCUUCUUCGACGUGUGGCAGCUUCGAGGGAAAUACCCCAACCGCGGAUACCCCAAAAUAUUCAAGGACAAAACCGUGGGAGAAGAGGCGAGGCGUGUUCAUGACGACGCUCUGAAGCUGUUGAACCACUUGAUCGACAGCCGAGGACUGCAGGCCCGAGGACUCGUGGGAUUCUGGGCCGCUCAGAGCCACGGAGACGACAUACACCUGUACACUGAUGAUGUCACAGACCACACCUCUACACCUGUGGCCACCUUCUACGGCCUCAGACAACAGGCGGAGAAGGACUCGUCGAGCUCGGAGCCGUAUCUGUGUCUGUCUGAUUUCGUGGCUCCUCGAGGCAGCGGUGUUCAGGAUUAUGUGGGUCUGUUCGCCGUGUCUGUGUUCGGAGCUGAAGAGCUCAGUCGAACCUUUGAGCAGCAGGGAGAUGAUUACAACAGCAUCAUGGUCAAAGCUCUGGCCGACCGACUCGCUGAGGCGUUCGCCGAGGAGCUUCACGCUCGAGUACGCAGGGAUCUGUGGGCUUACAGCAGCGAGGAGGAUCUGCCCGCGUCUGACCUGCACCGGCUGCGAUACGAAGGCAUCCGUCCGGCGGCGGGAUACCCCAGCCAGCCUGACCACACCGAGAAACACACCAUGUGGAGACUCGCAGACAUUCAGGAGAAGACCGGUAUCUCUCUAACUGAGUCUCUGGCCAUGUCUCCCGCCGCGUCCGUGUCCGGCCUGUAUUUCUCCAACCCCAGAUCCUGCUACUUCGCUGUGGGAAAAAUCACUAAAGAGCAGGUGGAGGAUUACGCUCACAGGAAGCAGAUGGAGGUGUCGGAGGUGGAGCGGUGGUUGGGUCAGAUCCUGGGUUAUGACACAGACUGACUCUAAACUGCUCCAAUCAGGAAAACCUCUGAAGAAUCAUCAGCUGUGACGGGCUUUAUUGUGUUUUGACGGUUUUGGCCCAGAUUAGUCACGUUAAUCUCAAAGGGUCCAAAAACACUUUUAUCUUUACACUACAGAAGUGCCUUCUAGAGCGCUGCUUUUAAUUACAUUUCUAUUUUUAAUAGAACGGUGACCAGCACUUAUUUUAAUUUUUAGUCUUGUGGGUUUUAUAGAUUGAUAUCUUAUGAGAUUUAAAGUAUGUAAGGGUACAAAAACCAUCCUGACUUACAGGCUCCAGCAGAUCCUUUAUUUUUAUUUUUUUUAGACUUUGAUUUCAUAAUUUAGUUCCUGAAGUCCGUUCAGUGAUGUCUGUCAUUUAACUCUGUGUAUUUUCCUGUAGGUUUAACUGUUUAAAUGGACAUCAACUGGCUUCAUGCGAGCAAACAAUCAGUUUUAGUUACUUUUAGACAGUGGUAUGAAAAUCAUAAGGACCUGUUAUUCAGUUCGGUGCUUUAAAUGUUACGCACAAUCCUGCUGUUUUAUUUGACAUCUUUUAAGAUAAAAAUUGAUUAUAUAUUUUCUGAUAUAUUUACCACAUUAAAUCAAAAAUCUGUG